AUGAUGAAACCGUUCCCUUCUCUGGAUCAAGCUUAUAACCUAGUUUUACAAGAAGAAAGGCAACGAUCUCUUAUGCUUCAAACACAUUCUUUUCACGAAUCUUCUGUUUUAGCAGUUACUCGAGAUAAAAACAAAGCUGAUAUGGUAUGUUAUCACUAUGGAAAACAUGGCCAUAUCAAGGCAAAUUGUUUCAAACUUAUAAGUUUUCCUCCUGAUUUCAAAUUUACUAAGCCAAGGAAUUUGUCCCAAACUCGUGUUUCUUCACAAACACAGUUAAGGUUUCCAAGGCAAUUAUCUAGAACUGCUGGUGUUAACUCAGUCACAGCUCAAUCCUUGGAUUCUGUUAAGGAAGUUGCUGUUACUUCUGUUGGAGCUACUUCUGAGCAUCUUUCUGGUAUUACGCUUUCUAAGGAUCGAGUUCAGUGGCUUAUGACUCUUUUAGAUGAUCAGUCCAUCAUUUCCUCUUUCACUCCUCUGUUGAAAUCUAAUUCAAUUCCUUCAUCUAAUGGUGCUCAAGUCAAUCUUGUAGGUAUUCACUUUACUGUUUUCUCUGCUCUUUCUGCAUUUGUUUUUCAUUGUUUGCAAAAUUCUAGAUGUGAUCAAUUACCAAAUGGUAUACGUGUGCAAGUUACAGCCAUAGGAACUGUGAAUUUAAAUGAGAAUUUUAUCCUUGAGAAUGUUCUUAUAGUGCCUACUUUCACUUUCAAUCUUAUCUCAGUCCUUUCAUCAUGGAUAACGAUUGGACUAGCUAAAAUGGAAGAUGGUUUGUUUGUCCUACAACCUGCUUAUAUUUUUCCUAAGUUUGUCACUUCUGUUAAUUUCGUUUCUUCAUACUCUGCUGUUUCUUUUGAAGUUUGGCAUCACAGAUUAGGACAUUUAGUAGAUGAUAGAAUAAGAUAUUUGCAGCCUUUACUUUCUACUCCUUGUAAACACUCUCUUAUUCCUUAUGAGACAUGUCCUAGAGCUGAAAUGAAAAGUUACCCUUUCCAUAUAAUGGUGGAUGUCAUUUUUCAUGAAACCAUUUUCCCUUCUAAACAUUCUACGUCAACAUCUCAUACUACCACUACUUUGCCUUUACCUUCACCUCCUUCCUUUUGUCCUUCUUUUCCUUCCUCUGAUAUUGAGUCACCAACAAAUUUUAAUGUUUCUCUAAAUGUGUCUGCUCCUCUUCCUAAUUCUAAUGUACCAGACUCUCCUUCUUCUUCUUCUAAUUCUCCUUCUGUUUCUCCUUCUUCUAUAGUUCCUUCCUUGUCUAAUCCUAUUCCUGUUUUAAGAAGGAGUUCUAGAUCUUAUAAGGUACCUCCUUACCUUAAUGAUUAUCACCUUGCAUAUCUUCCUCAUUCACAUGCAUGUGUCACUUCUCCUCCCAUUCAACAUUUUCUUCUUAUAAUCAGUUAUCUACAUCUUAUCAUUCUUUUGUCAAUCUUAUAUUCUUCUGUUUCUGUGCCCAUAUCUUAUCAACAACCUAUCUUGGAUGAUCAUUGGGAAGAAGCUAUGAACCUUGAACUUGCUGCCUAG